CGCUCACCGAACGCAACAUGUCCUCCCCUCUGGAGAAACCGCAGAUUAUCGCUCAUGUGCAAAAGCCCGUCACCUACACGCUGUUUGACUGCAAGUGGAUCCCCUGCAGCGCAAAGUUCGUGUGUGUGGGGAACCUGGCCCGGGGCAGCGGGGUCCUGCAGGUGUAUGAGAUCCAGCAGGGAGAAGCCAAACUGCUGCAAGAGGUUGAGAAGCCCAAACCUAUAAAAUGUGGGACAUUUGGAGCAAGCUCAUUGCAGCAGAGAUACCUGGCUACGGGAGAUUUCGGUGGAAACCUUAACAUAUGGAAUUUGGAAGCACCUGAUACUCCUGUUUACUCCGCCAAAGGCCACAAUGAAAUAAUAAACUGCAUAGAUGGGGUGGGCGGAGUGGGCAUUGGGGAAGGAGCUCCGGAAAUAGUAACCGGAAGCCGAGAUGGAACUGUUAAGGUUUGGGACCCCAGGCAGAAGGAUACUCCAGUGGCCAAUAUGGAGCCUGCAGCUGGGGAAACCAAGCGAGACUGCUGGACAGUGGCAUUUGGCCAUGCCUAUAAUGAGCAGGAGCGGCUUGUGUGCGCCGGAUAUGACAACGGAGACAUUAAACUCUUUGACCUUCGUAACAUGUCUGUCAGAUGGGAGACCAACAUUAAAAAUGGGGUCUGUAGCCUGGAGUUUGACAGAAAGGAUAUUGUUAUGAACAAAUUAGUUGCUACAUCGCUGGAAGGAAAAUUCCAUGUGUUUGACAUGAGAACCCAGCACCCCAGCAAAGGCUUUGCAUCUAUGUCAGAAAAGGCUCACAAAUCUACUAUAUGGCAAGUUCGGCACUUGCCUCAGAACAGAGAUGUGUUUAUGACCAGCGGAGGCGCCGGGAACCUUCACCUUUGGAAAUACGAAUACCCAGCUCAGCGCUCCCGAAAGGACUCUGAUGACGUGGAUAUGGGCGUUGCUGGAUCAGUGAGCCUUUUGCAGAAUGUGACUCUGUCCACCCAGCCAAUCUCUAGCAUGGACUGGAGCCCAGAUAAGAAAGGGCUGUGUGUUUGCACAUCAUUCGACCAGACAGUGCGAGUGCUAAUAGUCACCAAGCUGAAUAAACUGUGAGGCCGGUGCCGUGGAGCACAGAAAAUACGUUUACAUGGGACCAGGCCGUAUGUGGAUUCUGCCCAUCUGUUCCAUUCUUGGAGGGAGAGAUGCAAGAGUGAAAGUGAUAAUCAACAAGGAAAAGAAAUCUCUAUUUAAAUAUAUUCUCAUUCAUGAUUUACUAUUUAUAAAAAGAUACACUGGGACAGCAUUUCAGAAAUCUCUUGAAUACAGAUUAUUGGGUCUCCCAUUGUUCUGUUUAAUUCUGCUAAGACUAAUGCCAGACAUGCCAGUCUUGCAUACAUAGAGGAUCACUGAUCUUGCCAUGCUGCACGAUGGGUAAUCACUUCUUCAUUUGAUAACUGUGGGUCUAGCACAUUGGCCAAAAGUGUCAUUGGCCUGCCUAGAAUCACAUGGCCCUUUACUCUUACAUAGCAAACCAAUCAUUUGGUGCCAUGAUAUCCAGAAAGGCUUUUCCUUGUGCAGCGACUAUCAGUCUUGUGAGCCGUGGGUUUCUGUAGUUGUUUCCAGCGGGUGAAUAUUGCUUCUUAUGUGCAUUCUCUGCUCAAAAGUGCCUUCAGCUUCUCCUCCAUGGUGAUCAGUAAUGAAACAAACAAUGUGUAUUGGGUAAAUGUUGCAGAUAAACAUGUAGUAGAGCUCACAGCCACAUUGGCUUCCUGCUGAAACACUAAAUAAAAGUGUUACUUUUUUAUUCCA